GCACUUGCGACUUGGCUUGCGGUCCCUGUGGAAGCUGCAGGGCUUACGCGUAAGGAUGAUACUCGCAUUAUUCGUAAGCCUGGCCGCCGGGUUUUGCAUUGGAUCGGGCAGUUUCCUUGAACAAGGUGAAAAGAAUGAAGAAGAUCAAAUAUUGUGUUCAGAGUCACAAGAUCUGUACAUACACUACAGAGUGCAUCAAGGAAACGAGUAUCAAGACAAAUUCCCUGUGGACACGCCGAUCACGUACCGUUGUGGAGUGGGAUAUCUUCCUAGGGAUAUCAAAACCUGGAAUGCGACCUGCCGGAUGAGGAGCGACGGGUCGUUGUACUGGGAUAUCGACAAGUUCGACUGCAGACCGGUGUCAUGCGGCCAUCCGGGAGACAUCCGCUGGGGUCGUCUUAUGGACGCAGUGUUCGUGUUCCCGAGGCAAGUGCGGUACCAGUGCAACAAGGGCUACAGGAUGAUCGGGGAUGCCCAGCUGUACUGUCAGAGUGAUGGCACCUGGAACAGCGUGAAGCCCGAGUGUCAAAUCGUGGAUUGCGGACCUCUGGACGGCAUCGCCAACGGCACUGUUCAGCUGCACAGCACUCAGUACGGAUCGAAGGCUGAGUUCACCUGUAACAACGGCUUCAAACUCACAGGCACAAGCACACGCACCUGCGACGCUGAUGGGCAGUGGACUGACGAAUCUCCACAUUGUGAAGAAAUCUGGUGUCCGCAGCCGGAUCUUCCCGAAGGUAACGGCACUACCAGCCUCGGAGCAAACCCCGGAAGUCAGCGUAGUGGCACAAGGCUUCAGUACUUUUGCCCCCAGAAGACCGUCCUCGUUGGCUCCGAAAUAAACAUCUGUCAAGAAACCGGCUCCUGGCUCUUUGACCCACCGGUAUGCACUCCAAACUGCGUCGUACAAGCUGACCCCAGUGCUGCUGUCAUACGCCAGACUUACUCGUGGCGUAGUAAUAAUCAGGUUGCACUACAGCCUGGAAGUGAAGUGCCUCAACAUGAGGAAAGGCUAUUCGUUCAGUGCCAACAAGGGUAUGAGUUCAUCGAGGGCAUCGGCAAACCACAUCUCAGGCCACUCCGCUGUCAAAACGGCGCAUGGCAUCCUCCAGGGCCUUGGUGCAAAGAAAAACCUUGCAGGAACGUGCGUGUACAAGGCGGGGAGCCCGAAGUCAUGGAUGUGUUGCAUAAUGAGGUGAUGAAUUUCACCUGCAAGCCGAAUCAUGAGCUGCAGAAGAAACCGAACGACCCAGCACCCGUGUGUAGAUUUGGAAACAUUUACGGUGUCGUGCCCAUUUGCAAACCAGAUGACUGUCGCUUCGAAGAGCUGCAGAAUCGUGUAAAAGACGGCAAGCCACGUCGACUUCAGCCUACGUCACAUGGAUCCUUUGCUGUUUACGACUGUGAGUUCCCCCUGGUACUGAAGGGACCGGGAAGACUGCGCUGCUCUUACGGAAUAUGGACAGGAGAACCGCCUACAUGUGUUCCACGGAAAGAAUGUACCGUGCCACGCCACGUUGGCUCCAAGGUCUUGCAGAAACCGCACUGGUCAGUUGCGGCUUUUAAUAGUCCGACGGAAAUGGGGCCUGGAACCAUCGUGAAUGAAGGCCGCUCUCGCCUCAUUGUGAAAUGCGAAGAUGGGUAUCACUUUAGAGGCGAGCAGCAUCGACGUGAGAAACAAGCAGACCUGCAUUGUAUAAAUGGCACGUGGUAUCCUAAUGCUCCCUGGUGCGAGAAAAUUGAUCCAGAAGUACCACCAGGAACUUGCACACUCCCGAGGAGAGCAGAGCGCUUCAAGGCCCACCUUGCCCAUAUUCGCAUAAUGUCCUUAGGCAGCGUCCUUAAUGGAACAGAGCUGAUAUUUCAUUGCGAACCUGUCGGCGAAACGAUUCUGAAAGGCCCUCCAACCUCCCAAUGCGUUAAUGGCCAAUGGGUUCCAGAAGUGCCUUACUGUUACGGCAGAGAAUCGGAAGAGCUUGGUGGUAUCUACAUGUACUUCCAAGGUGAAACGCACACUGUCCCCGGCGGAGAAGUGUAUGUGGAACCAAACAGAGAAGUACUGGUGGUGUGUUGGAGCAGUAUCCCAGUACAUGUUAAUCUGCUCCCAGGAACAAAUGCACGCAUUCAAACGGAAAGAUGGUAUGAUAAACAAUACUUUUCGAGAGCGAAGUUCACCCUUCAACUCGGCGACAAGGCAUAUGUUGUUUGUAGAAAAGCAGACAAGUCCGAGAGGCAAAUCAAAGUGCUCGGUCACCACCUCUACAGGUGCCCUGAAAUUCCGAAAAUGGAUCACAUGGAAGUACGACAAAAAAACAGAGAAGUCUACGAGUUUAGCUGCCAUACAGGGUACCGUCUUCAAGGAAAAAGAAUAAUUCACUGCCUCGGCCAGGGUGUGUGGAGCGAGUCUUUUCCUACCUGUGUGCCCCUCAUCGAAGCCUCGAGCGCUCGUACCACCGAACUCGAUGAUGACAGACCGAUGAAGAAGUCGACGCCUGUUGUGCAGGGUUCUGAAUCAUCUCCUGCGGACACGCAGCCUCACAGUGAACAAGGCAUGGCAGCCAAACCUGUCCAAACAACUAAGAACAGUUAUGUGGACGAAUCAGCCGUACAAACCCCUAUCAGAAAUAAAGAGCCAGUUAAGAGAGGAGGUCACGGGCAUGACACAAGAAAUACGUCUGUUACCCCUCCGCAGCAUUCUCAUGAAUCCGCUACAAAUCAACGUGCCGUGCAUCUGAGACAUACUAAAAAUGCCUUGAAUAAUACGCGAAUGAAAGUGCAAGAAGCGAGCAGUUCUCACGAGUCGACUACAGGUCACGUGUCAAGGGUCGAUGCUUCCACAGAACAUGCCCCAAUGCUUCAAACUAAUGAAACGGUACAACCGGCGCUGGAUUUGAUGUCCCAGCACGAGUCAUCCAGGCCAGUAAUUUGUGAUCAUAGCACUGCCUCAAGCCACUGCAGCGAUUCUGCUUACGGAAGACGGCCUACACAGAGAGGGGCUGACACUGCUGCCGGCGUUGCCAAUGAACGUCAUGAGGGAAGUAAUAUUAACGUCUACUCAAAAGAUAGCUCAAGUUUCAACACACCUUACGUCAGUCAGUCAGCUAAUCCCCCACAACAGGAGGUAAAACCAAAGGCACCAUCGUUGCCAUUGCACGAACUUUCAUCAGUCACUGACCGACCAAGUGUGAGCAGUUCAACACAAGUUCCGGCGAUCCCGAUGCUACCUGAGGGCCCCUAUGAGCCUUCGCCAACAAAAGAUCAUUCAGAUGUACGACCAGUAAACUGCACACUCCUGACGAGGCAGAAUAGCCUCAAGGCUCAUCAUAAGCAUAUUCGCAUACUACCCCUAGAAAGCGUCCCUCAUGGAACCGAGCUGAUAUUUCAUUGCGAACCUGUCGGCGAGACUAUUCUAAGAGGGUCACCCACUUCCCGAUGCAAUAAUGGCCAGUGGGUUCCAAGAGUGCCUGACUGCUUCGGCAAAGAAUCGAGAGAUUGGGAUAAUCUCUACAUGCACCUCCAGACUGAAACAUACACUGCCCCCGGCGGCGUAGUCUACGUGGAACCGAACAGAGAAGUGCUGGUGGACUGUUCGAGUAUUACGCCAGUACAACUUUUCGUCACAAUAAGUGCCCAACUUCAAUAUGAAGGAUUGUCUGGUAGUCUGUAUGUUUCUAGAGCAAAGUUCACACUUCUACCCGACCAACGGGCAAAUAUUCUUUGCCGCAAGGCAGACAACUAUAACUCCUUCAGGGAAAUCAAACUGCUCGGCCACGACCUCUACAGCUGCCCUGAAAUGCCGAAAACACGUUACCUGAAAGUGGAACAGGAAAACAGAGACGUCUACAAGCUCAGUUGCCAAGAAGGGUACCGUAUUCAAGGAAAAUCAACAAUUCACUGCUUCGGCCAGGGCGUGUGGAGCGAUCCUUUUCCUACCUGUGUGCCCCUCAUCGAAGCCUCGAGCGAUCGUACCACCGAACCCGAGGUGCACAAUCCGAUUAACGACACGAAAUCGACGUCUGUUGUACAGGCGCAAAAUGAGUGCCACAUAAAAGACUUUUAUGAUAUUGCGCCUCCUGGACUGGUCAUUGUGGCCGAGGACGCAAUCGUGCCAUUGAACAGCACAUUUUGGCCUUCUUGUGACGGCGAGGGAUACACCUUGGUUGGAAAUAGCAGCGCGGUCACUUGUCUCCGAAAUGGCUCUUGGCACGUCCCGCCGCAGAUGAAAUGCAUCGAAGGAUGUGUCGACUUUGACACCGGACCCAACGGGCCGACGGUGGUGGGACGCAAAGGCUCUUACGCACUCGGCGACAGCAUCACGCUCUCCUGCAGCGAAAGGACUCAGCUGCAGCCCCGCGUCGAGAGAAUUAUCUGCCUUGGCUACAGCUGGUCCGAGCCUGCGGUGCCAGUAUGUGUUCCCGUGCAGGAGAAGACAAAGAAACAACGCCACAAGAAAGGUGUACAGAGCGGUUGAUGCUUCUAUUCGAUUUUAUACGUGGAAUCCUACUAAGUAUGCAUUACGUGAUUUAAAAAUGACUAAUAAAAAGAAACACUGAAGUUAGCCAUCUAGAUUAAAGCUUGGUUGAAUCUUGAAUAUCAUCUUGAAUUUCAUACUGACUGCAUAUAUUUGGAUUUCACUAAAACGUUUGUCCAUCUCAUGUGAUCUACUUGUGUUCAAACUUAAUCAGCUCAACAUAGACCCCGGUGUACUCUCUAACCGUAAACAGUGUGUGACAGCUAACUAUUUCUAUUCGCCUCAUUCCGCUGUGACGUCUGGUGUCCCACAAGGGCCCGUUUUAGGUCCCUUGCUUUUCUUAAUUUAUAUUAAUUAUCUUCCUAGUUGUGUUCAUUCUUCAACUGUCAGUCUGUUUGCACACGACUGCGUACUUUACCAGAAGAUUACUAACCAUACCGAUUAUCUUAACCUUUAACGCGAUCUAGAUAGAUCGAAUGGUGCAAUAAAUGGCUCCUGACACUUAAUACAACUAAAUGUAAGAACAUGCGAGUUUCACGCGACACCACUAUACCCAUUUUCCGCGUACUUACUCGCUCAAUGACAUUCCAUUGCAAUCUGUUGACAUUUAUAAAUACCUUGACGUUCACAUCUCUUCCAAUAUUUCAUCGAAUAUGCACGUUGAAUAUGCGACUAGUAACGCUAACUGCAUGCUCGGUUAUCUGCUUCGAAACUUUUGCACUGCCCCAUCGUCCCUGAAGUUAAAACUCUACAUAACCUUGGUACGUUCUAAAUUAGAGUACGCGUGCGCCAUAUGGGAUCCAACACAUACAAUUCUCAUUCAAACUCUCGAAGCCAUGCAGACUCGCGCAGCAAGUUUCAUCUUAUCGAAUUAUUCACGGCAUUCCAGUGUCACAUCCAUAAAGAGCACCGUAAUCUUGCAUGACUUUCGCUGCUCCGAAAAUCAUCUCGCCAUCACAAAAUCAUCUCGCUUUCACAAAAUCUAUCAUUAUAACAGCUAUCUGAGGGCACCCUGUCUCAUCCACUUCAUUAUAUAUCGCCAAGGACGGAUCAUUGCUGUGAGGUUCGCCUAUCAGCUUGUUGCACAAAAUUGCGCAAUAACUCUUUUAUUCCUAAGACAAGCGACGCCUGGCACCUUCCCGCCUAACAGAUGCCAGCAUAACUUAGAUGAAGAAGCUUUCAAGAUGCCU